AUGUCUGGAAGUUACUGGACAUCUAUGCAGCGACUGCAAUGGCAGUACUCGAAGUCAUCUCUGGCGAAAGAGAGACAGAAAUUGUGGCUUCUAGAGUGUCAAUUGUUUCCACAAGGUUUGAAUAUUGUCAUGGAUUCUAAACAGAAUGGUCAAGAAAUUGCCACGGCAAAGAAUAUACCUAUUGUACACAGAGACUUACACUACGAUAAGGAUUAUAAUUUGAGGAUAUAUUGCUAUUUCCUCAUUAUGAAACUGGGAAGAAGACUGAAUAUUAGACAAUUGGCUUUGGCUACCGCCCAUGUGUAUCUUUCCCGAUUUCUCCUAAAGGCUUCCAUCCGUGAGGUUAAUUUGUAUUUAUUAGUGACCACAUGUGUCUACCUGGCUUGUAAAGUCGAAGAAUGCCCUCAGUACAUUAGAACCUUGGUCAGUGAGGCAAGAUCUCUAUGGCCUGAAUUCGUACCGCCUGACCCAACAAGGGUCACUGAAUUCGAAUUCUACCUCAUUGAAGAAUUACAAAGUUAUCUCAUUGUACACCAUCCUUACAGAUCCAUGGAACAGAUCGUUCAAGCUUUAAAUGAGCCGGCAUACAAUUUGAAACUUUCGCCGGAUGAUAUUCAAAAUUGUUGGUCGUUGAUCAACGACAGUUAUAUCACCGACAUCCAUCUGACUUCUCCACCACAUAUCAUCGCCAUGGCAUGUGUAUUUAUCGCUGUGUCCACGCAGGGAGAUAAAUCUAUCAAAUCGAUGAUCUCCCAAGAGGCUAUGACUUCUCAACAAGAAACAUUCAACAGGUUCAUGGCGGAGUCUCAAGUAGACCUCGAAGAAGUAAUGGACGCCAUCCAAGAACUCAUUACCCUCUACGAUCAUUGGGACAAGUACCACGAGCCCUGGAUCAAAUUCCUCUUACAUACCCUCUACUUAAGACCCUCUAGUCCCUUCCCGCAACAGGCUACAGGUACAACUACUAAUGGAUCGAUCACAAACAGCCUCCCAACUUGA